AUGCCUAAUUUGCUAUCGAGAAAUCCAUUUCAUAGUAAUCACCACCAACACCACCACCAACCAAAUUCAUCUGGUGAAAGAGAUCAAAGCAGUAUCAAUCCUAGAGAUAGCCCCGAUCCUGCAUCUCCUCCUGCCUUGAUAAAGAGCUCAAAAUCUUUUUUGAAUUUUAUGAGCAGAGGUCAUAGUAAUGAUUCAUUGAGAAGCGAAAAAUCAUCAGAUUCGAUUAAUUCGUCAAGUCCAAUACACCAACAUCAUAAUCAUCAUAGUCAUCAUCAUCAGGUAUUGAAUAAUAAUAAUAGUAAUGGUAACAUGACAAUGCAUCAAAACCAUGCCAUCCAUGAUACUUUAUCACCAGCUUCACCCAAACCUAGUCAUUCAAUGGCUGAAUUGAAAAGAUUUUUUAGACCUUCUUUACCGAAAAAGAAAUCAUCAAAUCUAUCUUCACAAUCUCAUUCAUCAAAACAAUCUUCAAUAAUUGAUACUUCCCUUUACGGAAGCCAUAAUAAGAUUCACCAACAAGUUAAACAAAAGGAUUACGGUCAUACUCAAUCUGCAAUCCCACCAACUUCAGAUUCUACUUUAUCAUUGUCAAACAAGUUCAACAUCUAUCAUGAUGAUUCUAUCUUAGCCCAAAAAUAUGGUAAAUUGGGUAAAUUAUUAGGUUCUGGUGCUGGUGGUUCCGUUAAAAUUUUAACCAGACCAAGUGAUGGUGCUACUUUUGCAGUUAAAGAAUUUAGACCAAGAAAACCAAAUGAAUCUGUAAAAGAAUAUGCCAAAAAGUGUACAGCUGAAUUUUUAAUUGGUUCUACUUUACACCAUCCUAAUAUCAUCGAGACUUUAGAUAUUUUCUCAGAUUCGAAACAAAAUAAAUACUUCGAAGUGAUGCAAUAUUGUCCAAUUGAUUUCUUUGCGGUUGUUAUGACUGGUAAGAUGAGUCGUGGUGAAAUUAAUUGUUGUAUCAAGCAAAUUUCAACAGGUGUUAGAUUUUUGCACUCUAAAGGUUUAGCUCACAGAGAUUUAAAACUAGAUAAUUGUGUCAUGACCUCACAAGGUAUUGUGAAAUUAAUCGAUUUUGGUAGUGCUGUUGUCUUUAAAUAUCCUUUUGAAAAUCAAAUUACAAUGGCCCAUGGUAUAGUUGGUAGUGAUCCUUAUCUAGCACCAGAAGUUAUCACUUCAACAAAAUCUUAUGAUCCACAAUUUGUUGAUGUUUGGUCCAUCGGUAUUAUUUACUGUUGUUUAAUGUUGAAGAGAUUUCCUUGGAAAGCACCACGUCAAGAUACUGACGAAAACUUCAGAUUAUUUUGUUUACCUGAUGAUAUUGAACACGACUACGUUGAAUCUGCUAAACAUAAUGAAAUAAUCAUUCAACAGAGAUUAAAGAAGAGACAGGAAAUGAAGGCCGCUGCCCAAAUUGAAGUAGAGAAUGAAAAAGAAAAUAAAGACAAUCUUACUCCAAAAGAAGAACAAAAUAAUGAACCCCAACAAAAGGGAAAUGGUGAUCAACCAGAAAUUAAUAAUGAACCAAAAGUUAUAUCUGAUGGCAAGAAAGCCGAUAAUGAAAAUAAUGAAACCAAAACUUCUAAUGAAUACACUAAUGGUGGUACUAGCAGUAACCCAGUUGAAAAGAAUGAACCAAAAGUGAUUGAUUCUAACAAAGCAGUUAAACCAGUGUCUGCUCCAACUUCUACUGAACAACAUCACAAUGAAGGUACAGAUCUAAAAUCUGUUAGUUCCAGAGCAAGACAUCAUAAAUCAGUAAUUCACGGUCCUUACCGUUUAUUACGUCUAUUACCACAUGCAUCUAGACCUAUUUUGUCUCAGAUUUUACAAAUAGAUCCAUCUAAUAGAGCUACAUUAGAUGAUGUUCUUGAAGAUGAAUGGUUUAAGAACAUCCCAUGCUGUACAAUAGACAACAAGAACAAUGUCAUACAUGCUCCUGGUCACCAUCACACCUUAGUUGAUGAAGAAAAUGCGCAUUUAGAAGCAUACAAACAAUAA